AUGAAAUUCUUUAAAAAACUCUUAAAACUCUUUAAAAAAAACAAGAAACAAGAAGAUAGCUGGGAUGAUAUUUGUGUCAAGGUUGAGUCUUGGUCGACAAGUUCGACCAGCGAUAAAGAAGAUUCUUUUGAAACCACCUUACUACUCGUCGAAUUUGACAAUCAAUUCUCUGUAAUUGAUCUGAAGUUUUAUACAAGAUAUGAAGAAUAUCUUGAUGAUGUGAGACAAAAAAAACCUAAGAAUUACAAAAAGUUCAAGAUAUAUUUCUCUUUUUUGGAUGCACAUAUUAGAAGUUACCACAACCUCUUUUAUGAUGGAAUGUGGUAUUAUCGUGAUAGUUGGAACUUGCUAUUACAUAGAAGAAAAGGUUAUGAGAAUGAUUUUGAAUUUGCAAUAGAUGUUUUGAAUAAAAAUUUUAGUCAUAUUUACCUGUUGGACUAUAAUGAUUUAUUAGAUUAUGCUAAAAAUAAUUUAAUAUUUUAA